AGUUUCCAAAGUAUAAGAGAUGAUUGAGAAAACCUAAUCUAAAGUUUAGGAAAUAGUUUGUAUAAUUUACUAUAUAGUAAAACUAAAUAUAUAAAAUCCAGCUUGAUUCACACUCACCUUCCACUAAACCACUUCCAGUUCCAUUCCCUUCUGACGCCCACAAUUUCAACUUCUCUCUGAAAUUACCAAUUCCAUCAUUGCAACAAUUUCUCACUCAUUUCAGUUUUCAAUUCACUAUUUAAUCCCUUUCUUCAAUUUUAAUCUCUUCACAACAUCACAUUCCUUCUUCAACAAUGUCCAAUAACACUAGAUUCUUUCAUGUCCGCAAAGCUUGGAAAAUCAUCCUACGCCAAUGGAAACUGCACUCCCACCGCCGCGCUUUUCCGGUGGAUUUCCGCCCCCUGCGCCGGUUCAUCAAGCGAAUCCUUCACCCAACUCCAACCCCUCUUCCCCCACAUUAUGCAGAGCGUCAAUUCUCUUUCAACGACACCCCCAUUUUCCAUCUGAAAUUCCACAGCCGUCGUGCCCCGUCUGCGUCGGCGGCUCUGUUCCUCAUCCCCCGAUUCUCCUGCAUAAACCCCAAGGUUGAGUUUGAGAGAUACGAGGAUUGUGAAUGGGAGAGGCGGAAUUAUGAAGAGGAGGAGGAGGAAGAAGAAGAAGAAGAAGAAGAAGAUGGGAUCGAUUUGAAGGCGGAGAAGUUUAUAAAAAUGUUUUAUGAGGAAAUGAAAAUGCAGAGUCAGGUAUCGUAUUUGCGGUUCGAUGAGUUUUCUGAUGGUGAAGAGUAAUGGAACCAUUGGGGAGUUAGCUGUACAAAUCCAAAUAUUAGUUUCUUUUAGGACUUAAUAAUUGAGUUUAGAAUGAGAAGUUAUUUGAGGAGAUUGGGUUGUAAAAAUCGUUUGAAUUUAUGGAUUAAUGAAGAGCAUUUGUUGAAUAA